CAAAAUACACAACCCAGUCACAGUAUGAUAUAGUAAAGUAACAGUACACUGUACAGUACAUAAGUUUAAUUAGCCCUAGAGCCGAUGAUUUACUGUUGACCAAGUUUAGAUGAACUUUUUGUUACGGUCUGCCAGUGCGGCAUCUCGUGUCACAAGAUGUCAGACUCGGGCAGGGAUCUUCAGGCAGGUUGGAAACAAAUUAAUAGGAAACGGACAGUACUCAAGGCUUUUCUCGAAUAUUGCUCCUAAACUAAAAAAAACGAUUCUGAAAAGGAAGUCAACAUAUCUCCUGUUAUCGAUACCAGUAUUAGGAGGGGCAUAUUACGGCAUGUUGGAUAAGAGGCAACAACGAAAACUGAGAGUGACUGUGGAAGGAUUCCGUCGAGCCUUUCGGUCUCUAGUCAUUGGAAUAUCCAUCUCUGUUGACUAUAAAUGGUCGUUAUGGGGUCUUGAAGAUGAGGAGGCAGAUGAUUUCAAUGAAGCCAUCCGUCCAUGCCACAAGCGAGCUGCUGAAAGAAUUCUCAAAGGGUGUCUGAAAAAUGGCGGUCUUUACAUCAAACUUGGCCAGGGUUUGGUGUCGAUGAAUCAUAUACUACCAAAGGAAUACUUGUCUACUCUGGAAGUUUUACAAGAUAAAGCCUUAACGAGGAGAAAGGAUGAGGUUGAACAACUUUUCCUUGAAGAUUUCAACAUGAGACCUCAAGAUAUGUUCAAAGAGUUUGAAGAGGAACCCAUAGCUGCUGCUAGUCUUGCUCAGGUACACAAAGCCACCACUCAUGAUGACAAAAAAGUAGCUGUUAAGGUGCAGUACAUCGAUCUCAGGGACAGAUUCCACGGUGACAUCAGAACAGUAGAGAUACUCCUGGCAUGUAUAGGAUGGAUGCAUCCAAAGUUUGAGUUCUCCUGGGUAUUACGGGAAUUGAAGGGUACAUUAGAAGCUGAACUAGACUUCGAGACCGAGGGUGAAAAUGGUGAGAGGUGUGCGAGAGAAUUGAGUAAACUUCCGUAUGUGUAUGUUCCCAAAGUUUAUAAACAGUAUACGACUAAGCGGGUGCUAACAGCCGAGUUCAUAGAUGGUGUGAAAAUCAGUAAUGUGAAAGCAAUAAAGGAAAUGGGUCUUGAUUUGAAGGAUAUUGACACGAAACUUGUAGAAUGUUUCUCCACUCAGAUCUUCCACACAGGCUUCGUACAUGCUGAUCCACAUCCUGGCAACAUUUUUAUACGUAAGCGUCCCUCCGAUGGCAAAGCUGAAUUGGUGCUUCUAGAUCAUGGUCUUUACGAGUUUUUGGAGUCGGAAAAGAGGGUUAAUCUGUGUAAACUUUACAAAUCCAUUAUACUCAGGAAUGGGGAGGAGAUGAAGAAAUACUCGAAACAUUUGGGAGUUGAUGACUUCUACAUAUUUUCCAUAAUGCUUGUGCAAAAGAUCAUUAAAAUCGAUGGUAAAAUCCCCCUGGCAGUUCAACCCAUGACACACGCUCAAUACAGGAAGCUAGACCAAGAUUUAAAAGAUGAAGUUAAGAAAGAAGUUGAGCUAAUUCAUGAUCGUGUCCUUCAAGUUAUGCGUGACAUGCCAGGGGCCAUGUUGCUUAUCUUUAGAAAUCUAAACACAAUCCGUGCGAUCAACCGGAAUCAUGGUCAUUUAGUUGAUAGAUAUACAAUUAUGGCAAGAAGUGCCAUCCGAGGUAUCCAUAUCGCCGAGGAGUUACAAAUGACAUGGCGAGGGAGGCUAGUUGCAUUCUUGGACUGUUGCGUAUUUGAUUAUAGAUUAAGAACGGAAAAGGUUUGGGAUUCACUACGUCUGUGGAUUUCCUUGAAGAUUUUCCACAUUCUGCAGUUCCUGGGCAGAGCUCCGAGCAGAGAAGAUAUCGAGAGAUUGAAGGAUGCAGUUAGACCUAAGGAGCAAGUGUUUCAGUGAGAGCUUACAUGACCAAUCAUAAGUAUAAAAGUGUGAAAAAGCUCUUCUAAAUCUGUGAUAAUGGACUUCCAAUAUACAAGCACAAGUUGUAUGUUGAUGGAAUAAGGAACACCAAACAACAUGAGGUUGAGAUUUCUUGAAAACAGUGAAGGGAAAGUGAAAGCUCGUUGACUGCUCCUGACAGGGUGUGAUACCGAGCCACGUUUCAUCAGAUCAACACUGCAAUCAGGUGCUUGAAACAGGAGGACUAAAUCAUAUGAUUUUGGUAAUUUUGAGUAGAAACCAUGUUGGAUGGAAAGCACAUGAAAAGCAAUCAUUGACAUUGUCAGCGAUCCCAUUGGUCUUCUAGAUAUGCUGAUGGGACUCAAAAAUGUUAGAAUCUGGUGACAUUUUUGUUGCGUAUAUAGUUAGUGAGGUAGAUGUUGGAGCCCGGGGCUCAUAUUCAGGAGGUUGUGCUUCUUCUGACUGUCUUUAAAACUCUAGCUGAAAGAGGGAUAUCAUGAAAUAUUGAUUACUGCCUGUAUGUUUGAUUUCUCUUGUUAUCCCCAGGUGUGAUUAUUGUUAGGUUCCAUGCUACUCUGC